AUGUUAGGGGGAAAAAUGUCGUAUAUUACACGGUUGAAUCCAGUAUCGAGGAUAAUAAGUUCUAGGCUAAUCACGAGCCCUAUAGUAUAUGGACCUGUUGGGACUCAUUUUAAUAGAGCAAGUUUUUCCACUACUACUACUAAUUUCUUUCUACAACAGAAUUUAAAAUCUCAAAAACAAGAAAAUUUAACAAUCCAAUAUAACACAUGGAACUGUCAUUCCAGCUUGUCAAGAUAUAUUAAAAAGGGAAACAUAUAUAACAAUAUUCAUAGAUCUUUAUCAAGAAGAAACAUCCACAUUACAAAACUAUUGAAGUUCCAAAACACUAAAAACAGGAAUUCUUCCUUUUUUGAAAAUGGACGUCCACCACCAUCCCCAAUUAGAGUCUUCAAAAUACCUUAUCCAGCAGUCUUUUUAGGUUCUUUUGUAAUUCUAACGUUGUUCUUUAUGAUAAUACCUAUCUUAUUCCAGUUACUGUUUCCAAUUGCUUUGGUUGGAAUAGCUGUAUAUCAAUUUAGAAAAUGGAGGUCUAACAACUUUUAUCGCGCAAUUAUGAAAAAAUUACCAAAUAGUUCUAUCCAAGUAAGCUACAAGACCUUAAAAUCAUUGGCGUAUCGUUUCUUUCCAACUAAUUUUUUAAAAGAAUUUGACGUUAACACUAGUGAUGCCGAUGCUAUGAUGGGAAUGAUCCAGAACAGAGUCAUCGAGGCAUUCAACAAAAAUGAACAGGAUAUCGGAUCUCAUUAUUUUCCAGGUAAGGAUAAUGUCAAACAAUUUAAUGAUGUACUGAAGUUAGAUAUCAUGAAGUUAAAUACAUUCGGCUCCAAAAUUGACGGUAAUUUCGUUAUGAGUAUGAAAUAUCCACUAAUGUAUGUUGAAGGGGCACAGAAUAACCAUUUUGCUGAUGUUGCUAUCACUUUCUUAGACGACUCAUUAAAGAGGAACCAAAAGUUCGAAACAAUCUUUGAAUUAUCCAAAACGCAAGCAACCUGUAGGAUGGUUAUAUCAGUGCAAUCGUCAAGUUUCUUGUUCCCUCAACAAUACAUUAUUUCUACCCCUGGUGAGACUGGACACUUUUAUGGAAAAUAUAAGGUAAGAACUACCUCAGACGGACACAGAGAGUUCACUAUUGAAAAGGAUGAUUAG